AUGUGGUUGAGGGAUCAAAGUUUGAGGGAGUUAAUUAAUGGUUGGUGGUCAGGGGCUCUAGAGGUGAGUGGAACUAAGACAUUUGUUUUUGUUAAGAAGUUGCAGUUCAUCAAGUCUAAACUUAAAGAGUGGAACCGAGUGAAGUUUGGUAAUAUCUUUGCUAACAAAAGGGAUCUAGAGGACAGAUUUGCAAGUUUACAAGAAGACAUCAUCCAAAUGGGGAUGACAUCAGAAAAAAUUCUGCAGGAACGAGAACUCAAAGGACAAUAUAGUGAAUUAUUAGCUCGAGAGGAGCAACAAGAAGGGCUGAAUGUUAUCCCAGAGUUGAUAACAGAUGCACAAAAUCAAACUCUAAUGAAACCAAUUCUAUUUGAGGAAGUGAGAAAUGCAGUUAUCAGUAUGGAAGGGGAUAAAGCUCCAGGAUUGGACGGUUUCCCAGCCUUUUUCUUUCAAACUUUCUGGGAGAUUGUAGGUGUUGAGGUUUGGGAAGUAGUGGAGGAUUCUCGGCGUAGGGUGAGUGUGGUAAAGGAGUUUAACUGCACACUUAUUGCCCUGAUUCCCAAGGUGGAGCAUCCUACUAGGUUCAGUGAAUUUUGA